AAACUUAAUCACAAAAACACAAACGCGACAACGCAGCAGCAAAACCGCGAGACACAUGACGACGGCGACGACGACGACGACCUUGCCGGCGGCGGCGGCGCUGCUGCUGCUGCUGCUGUCGGCGGCGGCGCAGCUGUGCUCGGCGUGCCCGCCGGCGGCGAGCCAGACGGCGGAGAACAACCCGCGGCUGCAGCGGGCGUACGUGGCGCUGCAGGCGCUGCGGCGGCGCGUCACCGACGACCCCAAGAACCUCACCGGCGGGUGGUGCGGCCCCGACGUGUGCCGCUACUUCGGCGUCUACUGCGCCGCCGCGCCGGACGACCCGUGCGCCGCCACCGUCGCCGGCAUCGACCUCAACCACGGCGACCUCGCCGCCACCCUCCCCGACGAGCUCGGCCUCCUCACCGACCUCGCCGUGCUCCACCUCAACUCCAACCGCUUCUCCGGCGCGCUCCCCGACACCCUCCCCAAGCUCUCCCUCCUCCACGAGCUCGACGUCAGCAACAACCGCCUCGCCGGCGGCUUCCCGGACCACAUCCUCUGCCUCCCCAACGUCAAGUACGUCGACCUCCGCUUCAACAACUUCUGCGGCGAGGUCCCGCCGGCGAUCUUCGACAAGAAGAUCGACGCGCUCUUCCUCAACGACAACCACUUCGACUUCGAGCUCCCGGCCAACCUCGGCAACUCGCCGGCGUCGGUCAUCGUGCUCGCCAACAUCAAGCUGAGGGGUUGCAUCCCCUCCAGCGUCGGGAGGAUGGCGGCGACGCUGAACGAGCUCGUCGUGCUCAACUCCGGCGUGCGGUCCUGCAUCCCGCCGGAGAUCGGCCACCUCGGGGAGCUCACCGUGCUCGACGUCAGCAACAACCAGCUGCAGGGGACGCUGCCGGAGUCCAUGGCGUGGAUGCGGUCGCUGGAGCAGCUCGACGUCGCGCGCAACGAGCUCGCCGGCCACAUCCCGGAGGGGAUCUGCGCGCUGCCGCGGCUCAGGAACUUCACCUACUCAUACAACUACUUCUGCGGCGAGCCGGAGCGGUGCCUCCGCCUCCGCCGCGUCGACGACCGCCAGAACUGCAUCGCCGGGAGGCCCGACCAGCGCCCGGCCGACCAGUGCCUCGCCUUCCUCCACCGCCCGCCGGUGCACUGCGACGCCCACGGCUGCUUCGCGCCGCCGGGCCACUACUAACCGACGGCGGCGGCGGCGGCAACUCCGGCGAGAAGUGAAAUUCGUUGGUGAAUUAUUCCUACACACAAAAAUCAGUCAAUCACUCAAUCAAGCAUCGUAUAUAUAUACACUGUAAUUUUUUUUCUUCUUCUUAUUCUCUUUGGAUUUUUUUUCUCUUUUUUUGUUUUCUUUUUCUUUUUCACAGAGAGGUUGGUAAUUAAUAAUGGGAUUUGUAGGAAGAGUACAUGAUACAUUACAGUAUAUUUGUGACUUACUGAUCA